AUGGAUCCAUUUAGUCAUCCUUGUAGCUUUCAAAACCUCUUAAACAGUCAACAACCCAACACCUCCUUCUCCGUUCUCAGUUGUGAACCUUCAAUAGAACUCUCUGCCUCCGAUGCGUCUGUAUUUGGUACACAAUCGCCUGAAGAUGCAAACAAAGAUGCAACCUUUGUGUCUGACCGUAAAGAAAGACGGAAAUGGUCACCAGUUGAAGAUGUUGUGCGUAUAAGUGCUUGGCUUAACACUUCGAAAGAUUCGGUGACAGGAAAUGAGCAAAAAGCAAUUGUGUUUUGGAAACGGAUUGCGGCUUAUUUUGCAUCAAGUCCUAAGCUUGCGGGUUUGCCAAAGAGAGAGCCAAGUCACUGUAAACAAAGGUGGGGGAAGAUUAAUGAGGGUGUAUGUAAGUUUGUUGGCUGUUAUGAUGCGGCAACGAAGCAGAAAUCUAGUGGGCAGAGUCAGAAUGAUGUCUUGAUAAUGGCUCAUGAAAUCUUCUUCAAUGAAUACAAGGUAAAGUUUACACUCGAGCAUGCAUGGUUGGAGCUUCGCCAUGAUCUGAAGUGGUGUGGAGCUUCUUCAACUAGAGAUAAGGUUAGCUCGAAAAGACAAAAUUUAGAUGAUAGCUCGGCACAGUCAUCAACGUUUGUGGCAGGAGAGGAUAAAGCUAUGGCUCGUCCUGUUGGUGUGAAAGCAGCAAAGGCGAAAGGUAGAAGCAAGGCAACGGCUUCUGGAGAUGAAGUGAAGCCGCUAGUGGAGUUUCAGAGCAUGUGGGAGAUAAGGCAGAAGGACUUUGCCUUGAAGGAGCAGCUUAACAAGCAAAAAUUGCUUGACAGCUUGAUUGCCAAGACAGAGCCACUUAGUGAGCUUGAAAUCGCCUUGAAAAAUAAACUAAUAACUGACAUGUUGUCAAGUUAG